CCUCUGCACCUCAUGCUGAAACAGCUAGACAGGCUCCUUAAUUCUCCAGCACUGUACUAUUUUUAACCAUGCAGGCACGCGGCACGAAUGGAAUUAAGCAUCCUUAUCCAGAUCGCAGCUAUACUGUACGCCCCCGCUGCAAUCGUGCCGCACCACACAUAUAUAAUCAAAGCUUACGGGCAAGCAAUGCGCCUCGGAUCGAUUCUUGUUCGAGUAGCCGCAUUGCCGAUUGAAUUCAUAAAGAAGAAGAAGAAGCAGGUAGCAGGCCGGGGGCGCCGAAACGGGAAUAAUUGCUAAUUAACGGGAGAUGGUGAACGCGGACGAGGUGCGGAACAUCGUGGGGGUGAUGGGCAACGUGAUCUCCUUCGGGCUUUUUCUGUCGCCGCUGCCGACAUUCAUCCAGAUCGUGCAGAAGAAGGACGUGGAGAAGUACGCCCCCGACCCGUACCUGGCGACGCUGCUCAACUGCAUGCUGUGGGUGCUCUACGGGCUCCCCUUCGUGCACCCGAACAGCUUCCUCGUCAUCACCAUCAACGGCACCGGGGUCGUCAUCGAGUCCGUCUACCUCGCCGUCUUCUUCGCCUACUCCCCCGGGCCCAAGAGGAUCAAGCUGCUUAUCAUGCUCGGCGUCGAGGUCCUCUUCGUCGCCGCCGUCGCCGCGGGGGUGCUCCUCGGCGCCCACACCUUCGAGGACCGCUCCCUCGUCGUCGGCAGCAUCUGCGUCUUCUUCGGCACGCUCAUGUAUGCCGCGCCGCUCACCGUCAUCAAACGGGUGAUCGCAACCAAGAGCGUGGAGUACAUGCCGUUGACGCUGUCGCUGGUGAGCCUGCUGAACAGCAUCUGCUGGACGACCUACGCGCUCAUCCGAUUCGACAUCUUCAUCACGAUCCCCAACGGCACGGGCACGCUGCUCUGCUUGGGCCAGCUCUUCCUCUACUUCUGGUACGCCGGAUCCACGCCCAUGGCGAGCGACAGCAGCAAGGUUGACGACGACGGUGGCAGCAGCGUCCGCUCCGGCGGCCGCGCCGCAUAGCUAGCGCAUCAAAAUAGCUAGCUACGCCCCAUUCUCACGAUGUAUACAUGCAUACAUGUACUCUGUCAUCAUCUUUAGAAGAUUUUUUUUCUUUAUUUCUUUAAUUUUUUUUGGAUGAACAGGGAGCCCAGCUCCCCGGUUCCAUUGUACAUGCAAGUUCAGAGGGUUUGUCAUGCAGAAAGUGAAAUACUACAAUGUUUUUUCA